UCCGGGGUUUAUUCUCUCGCUCUCUCGAUCGCUAGGGCUAGCUAGAAUGUGCGCGCUUCUUCUCCGCCCCGGCGCUCGCCCGAUCGCGCCGCUCACCAAUGCGGAAUCCAGGAAGCGCAGGUGUGCGAGAUCCAGGUGCUCGGCGCGGCUCUCCGUGGAGAUGCCUGGCAGGAAUCUAGAGAGUCCUGUCCUUGCCGCGGCGCCGGUGAUGGUGAACGAUUGCACAGGCAAGGUCGGGCAGGCUGUGGCGGAGGCCGCGGUGGCGGCUGGGCUGAGAUUGGUGCCGCUGAGCUUGACAGGGCCGGGGAGAGGAGGCAAGAGAGUCGUGAUUGGGAAUGUGGAGGUGGACGUCCGGGAAGUGUCCGAGAGAGAGGAUGUUGUCAAGGAGGUGAUCACGGAGUAUCCCAAUGUCAUCGUUGUCGAUUACACUCUUCCUGCCGCUGUAAAUGACAAUGCGGAGUUUUACUGCAAGCAGGGGCUCCCUUUUGUGAUGGGAACAACGGGGGGCGAUCGCGAGAAGCUCUUGGAUGUAGCAAGAAAAUCGGGAACUUACUCUAUCAUUGCGCCACAGAUGGGGAAACAGGUCGUCGCUUUCGUAGCAGCAAUGGAGAUUAUGGCUAAGCAAUUCCCUGGAGCUUUCUCGGGAUAUACUCUCCAGGUGACUGAGUCCCAUCAAUCUACCAAAGCUGAUGUUUCGGGCACUGCUUUAGCAGUCAUUUCCAGUCUUCGCAAGCUGGGGUUAGACUUUAAGGACGAGCAGGUGGAGCUCGUGAGGGAUCCGAAGGAGCAAAUGACGAGAAUGGGAGUACCGGAGCAGCAUCUUAAUGGCCAUGCAUUUCACACCUACAAAAUUAUAUCACCAGAUGGCACUGUUUUCUUUGAAUUCAAGCACAAUGUUUGUGGCCGAAGUAUCUACGCUCAGGGAACAGUUGAUGCCGUCUUGUUCCUAUCUAAGAAGAUCCAAGAGAAGUCAGAGAAGCGGCUGUACAACAUGAUCGACGUCCUAGAGGGCGGAAGCAUGAGAUGAUUGAUCUUCACUCGGAGUCUUCCGCGAGCACAUCCCCCGGGAGCUGCAUUUUCAAGAUGUCUGUCCGGUUCAAGACUUGC